GAUGGGAGUGGGAAUUUUAAUCGAAUAAUGGAUGCCAUUGCGGCUGCACCAAGUCAUGGCCAACAGCGGUUUGUGAUAUUUAUCAAGAAAGGAAUUUACAAAGAAUAUGUGAAAAUUGAUGCCACAAAGACUAAUCUGAUGUUGAUGGGAGAGGGCAUGGACGUUACUACCAUAUCUGGCAACAGAUGCAAUGGUAGUGGUUGGCAAACACUUGAUUCAGCAACAUUUGCUGUAGAUGCCGAAGGGUUCGUAGCAAUGGACAUAGGGUUUGAGAACACUGCCGGGCCAAAUAACAUGCAAGCAGUUGCACUUUCAUCCUGCGGCGACCAAUCAGUUUUCUACAGGUGCAAGAUGAGUGGAUAUCAAGACACAUUGCUGGUGCAGUCCGGUCGCCAGUUCUACCGAGAAUGCACGAUCAGUGGCACCAUCGACUUCAUCUUCGGCUUCGGCACUGCCGUUUUCCAAAACUGUAACAUUCUUGCCAGGAAAAACCUUGAAGGUGCACCAAACACUCUCACUGCGCACGGUCGAUAUGCGGCAGAUUCUUCAGGCUUCUCAUUUCAAUUUUGCAACGUUGAUGCAGACUCCGAUCUAGGGGGUAAUGUUACUUCUUCACCCACGUACUUAGGUCGACCUUGGGGAAAAUAUUCACGUACUAUAUUCAUGCAGUCAUACAUGAGUGAUGUAAUAAGACCCGAGGGUUGGCUGGAUUGGAAUGGGGUUGGUGAGCUUGACACUUUGUAUUAUGCUGAGUACAUGAACAAUGGGACGGGUGCAUCGACUGUAGGUCGGGUCAAGUGGCCCGGCUAUCAUGUAAUUACCGAGGCAUCCGAUGCCGAAUUUUUUACUGUGACCAAGUUUAUUGAUGGUGACUCAUGGCUGCCAUCCACCGGUGUCCCCUACGCACCAGGAUUGGAGCAAGUUUGAUCACCGUUUGUGAGCGAACAAGUUUAACCCAACCAAAAGUUUCAUAUUAAUGCAAGCCUUGCAGAGUUUCCUGAAUUCAACUGGCCUCAUUGAAUAUAAAUUCUAUUUACCUCUUUUUAACCUCAAUUUUCAAUCCUAGGAACAAAAUAAUAGAUUCCUACCCUCUUUUUACAAUAAUAUUUUUUUUUUUCGGACAAACCAUAGAUAUAUUAUUAAAUUUGAAUUGAAACAUUUGUAUUAGCCACUAAAGUAUUAAAAAGUCAAAUUGACUUUAUAUAAUUCCAUCUAUGGUUACCGUUGUGUCAAGAAGCAAACGAAGACAAAGUGUGCAGCUCCAUUACAUGUUGCGGAGCCA